AUGCUUAGAAAAAUACAAGGCGACGAAUACGUAGGAGAAGAAUUGACCUGGUGUGUAGAAAACGGAGUGCUUCCAAACACCAGGUACACAUUGGAAGGAAGCGAAAGAAACAAAGUAUAUUCAUCAUCAGAAAUAGGAAUUAUAUUUUCAAAUCUACUGAAUCAACUGUUUGAUUCAAAAUCAUUUGUGGACCAGUUCAGAAAAGAUGUACUAUCAAAUGUACCUGUAGAUGUCGUCAAAGAUGAAGCACAGAAGGAUUCCACCAUACAUGAAGCACUUUGUAAGGAUAUUCAAUCACUAGGAUACAAAGAAUCUUCAGCUUUUGACGUAUUUUACUCAUUGAUAAGCGAUGUAUUGAUAAUUUUGGAGUUUAAAGAACAUAAUUUAAAAAACGUUGUGGAGAAUAACCUCCAAAAUCAAAUAAUAACCAAGAAGAACUUUGCAGCAUUGAAAGUAUUCAGAAUAUUCGUUCAUAAGGUUUUAAAAACUGCAGUUGACAGGAUUGAAAGUGAGAAAAACAUACUCAAAGUUGAUUGCAAGUGGGUUGAUGAUGUGUAUGUCGAUACUGAUCUUGUAAGCUUGUUGAACUGCGGGUCAGCAUCAGGAAUAUACAACAGAAUCCGGUUCACGCUUUCAUUCAAUAAAAAAGGUACAAAGGGCCCAGAAAUUAGGAAUUUAACAGGGUAUCACAUGGUUAAAGCAACCUUGAUGGUUGAAUUGGGGAAAUUGUCAGCAUCAAGGCAAAUUGUAUUCACAAGGUUGCUGAAUUACUUAUCAAGACUAAUAAACAUAGACGAUAGGCAUCUAUAUUCGCAUUUGGUAGUUAAGACUGAAUAUAAUUUAAAUGUGUCAAUAUGGAAUCUUGUGUAUAGUGCAAUAGAAGAUUCCGGCAUUAAAAGGUUGUAUUAUGAUGACCAUAAUUUUAUAAAAUAUCUGUACAAGUUGAAUGCCAGAGGCAUGAGCGUAUUGAGAUUAUUUCGAAUACUGGAAUAUAAUUCUGAAUCUUACAUAGGAAAUGAACAAGAUUUUGAAUUAUUGAAAUCGAACAUCGAUAAACAGAAAUAUUUUGAAGACACGAAACGCUAUUAUAAUGAUUCAAGUUUCACCAGAUUGGUGUAUAAGACCAAGGGAGUAUCCUCGUUCGAAUCAAGAAUAUAUGAGAUUUAA